AAUUCAGUGUGUUGAAAUCGUGUCCAUUAAGGUUUCGGGCUACUUGGUUGUCAAAUGUUAUGAAUAAUGAGUAGUCUGGUACUGCUUGAGCGUUCGCUGAUGUAAUUGUUGCUGAGAAGCCUAGUAGCAUAGCUGACGUCUAGUGCACGUUUUGUAUCAGCCAGUUAUUAUUAUUUUUUUUUUUUAAAUAAAUAAAUAAAUAAAUCGUUGGUAAUUUUAUAAAUAAAAUGGGAAGAAGUCGGACACCUUCACCUUCACCUAGAAGAAGAGAUCGCUCGAGAGAUAGGUCACGAGAACGUGAUAGAGACAGACGUCGAAGACGUUCUAGGGAACGUCGUCGCAGAUCUGGUGAAAGAGACAGAGUUAAAUCACGAGAUCGUGAUCGUGAACGUGAAAGACACAGAAGAUCAUUCAGUAGAUCAAGAUCUCGUGAUCGUGAUCGUCCGAAGCCUAAACAUAAAGUUGUUGCUGCUGAACGGCCUAAUAUAUCUGAGGCUGAUUUACAAGGCAAGACACCAGAAGAACAAGACAUGAUGAAGAUAAUGGGAUUUUGUGGGUUUGAUACAACAAAAGGGAAAAAAGUUGAAGGCAAUGAUGCUGGUGCUGUUCAUGUUAUUUUAAAAAGAAAAUAUCGUCAGUAUAUGAAUCGUAAAGGCGGGUUCAACAGACCACUGGAUUUUGUUGCUUAAAAUAUUUAUUUAAAUAUAAUUGUUUUUUAAACUCAACUUUAAGUAACAAAGUACAAAAAUAUUUAGCAAAAAAAAUUAGAGUAUUGAUGAUUAAUAAAAAAUUAAAUAUUUUGAUUACUUUAACUUGAUUUAUAAAUAAUUGUAUUGACUGGAAGACGAUUGUUAUUCUAAUUUAAAUUAAGAAGAUUCCCGCCUUGGUCUUUUUGACGGUUGAUUGUAAUCCGUAGAAUCGCUUUCCCCAACAUCUGAUAGGUCCGAUGAGUCAUCGAGCGAGAUAUGUCGCUGUGAAGUUUGAUCGCGUGUUGUAUUUUGUGACAUCAUCUAGAGAAUUCAUUGUAAAUUUAUAUUUUUUAAUUAAUGAAUAGGCAAUUAAUUGAUAAUUAAUUUAUAGAAAUGAAUAAAUACUUGAGUAAUGUCCAAUCUUUCGAGUCCUUCAACUAACUCUGGUUGUUUUAUUCUAAAGUCGCGGGUAAUACUGUGUUUUAUGUGCGCCUCCAAAUGUAUCUAGAAUAAAUAAAUUUUAUUUAAUUAAAUAAUUAA